AUGAUUAACUUCAACAAGAUUACUCACAUUAACAACCGCACCUUUGCUGGACUUUCCAGUUUGAACACACUAAUGCUUAUAAGAAACAAUUUAGCAUUUAUUGCCAAAGAUGUUUUUGAUGAAACUCCUCUCCUUGAAUCACUGUUUCUUCACAGUAAUGCAAUUAAAACCAUUGAAAGCAAAAGCUUUGACAGACUUGUUCUGAAGCAGCUAACCAUUUUUGAUAAUCCUAUACCGAUGUUACCAGAUGACAUUUUCGACAAAAUGACAAACAAUACCAAGGUAUCAUUGACGUGUAAAAAUCUUCUUAAGCUUCCGCGAGGAAAAUAUAUGGCGACAAUACCCAUUAAUGAUGCUCAUCAUUAUAACACACGAUCUUCUACCGCUGGUAACUUCUAUAUAAACUACUCUCGACUAAAUCACUAUAAGAGUUAUUUUUCCUCUAUGGGUGCAAAAAUCUGGAACUGUAUUCCGGAUGUUUUGAGGCAGCUCCCAAAAUAGAGUUUCAAGAAAAAAAUAACCGAAUCCUUACUUCGAAUCCUUCUAAACCAGGAUUCUUAUCCUGA